AUGACAGCGAUCCAGGCGGUGUACGUGCGCGGACACGAAGAGCGCCCCUCGCCCAAACCCCACGUCGUCUUCCGCAUCGAGAUCCAGGCCCACGUCCGCUCAUGGACCAUGUGGCGCCGCUACUCCGACUUCCUCGACCUCCACACAGAGCUCGCAAAGUCCACCGGCGCACCCCCGCCCGCGCCCCUCCCGCCCAAACACGCACUCGCCAUGCUCCGCUCCCGCACAGACGAGGCCCGCCUCGAGGAGCGCCGCCUCGGCCUCGAGGCCUACCUGCGCGCCAUCGUCAGCGCGAAAGACGACCGGUGGCGCGAGUCCUUCGCCCUGCGCGACUUUCUCGGCGUCCCCGUGGGGAAGCAGCCCGUCGCAGGGGGUAGCAGUGGUGGUGGUGGCGGCGGCGGCGGCGGUGACAACGACGACAUGUCGCAGUUCACGUCCUCGUCGUGGCUCGACGAGCACAUCGACCUCCAAGCGCGCGUGCGCGACGUCCGCGCCGACAUCAACCGGCGCGACGCGCUCGGCGACCGCGGCGACGUCGGCGGCUCGCACGCCGCGAACGUCCACGCGAAGAAGAAGCUCGCCGCCGUCCUCGCGCGCGCGGGCGCGCUCGCGCAGGGGCUCGACGGGCUCGCGCGCGCGGGCAUGAGCGCGGGCGAGCUGCAGCGCCGCACGGACAUGGUCGCGCGCCUCCAGGACGACUGCGAGAAGCUCGGAAAGAUGGUCUCCGUCUCGCGGCACACCGCGCGCGGCCCCGGCCUCGGUGCAGCGGCGGAGCGCAACCCCGCGUCGUCGUCCGACCGCGCGGCCUUACUGGAGAGCGCGCCCUCCGCGUUUGGCAAGCCCGUCACGCGCGUGUUCGGGGGUGGUCCCGCUGCGGCGAAGCCCCAGGAGACGGGGCAGACGCGCCCGCUGGACGACCACGGGCUGUUGCAGCUGCAGCAGACGCAGAUGACCCAGCAGGACACGCAGCUCGCCCAGCUCGCGACCAUCCUCCAGCGCCAGAAGCAGCUGGGCAUCGCGAUCGGGAGCGAGAUCGCGCAGCAGAACGAGAUGCUCGAUGAUCUCGCGGUCGGCGUCGAUCGGGUCGGCGGGAAGCUGGCGUCGGCGAAGAGGCAGAUGAAUCGGCUGGGGUAGACUGUAGGCUGCAUUUAGACGAACGUGACGAUUUCUCGGUGAUGUGUAUUUUAUGUGAUCUUCGGUUUUUUUUUCUCUACUUUGGUGCACGGCGCAGAGCAGUGAUGGUCUAUAUUAUAAUGUGUGAAUACUAUAUAGUCCC